UCUCUCUCUCUCUCUCUCUCUUUCUCUAUAUCACACGAUCUUCUCCCACUGUUGGAGCACUUGCGUGAGCGAUGCUCUAAUUUUCCUCUUCCGCACCAUUUUCUCUCGUCGAAUCUCUUUCGUACUCCCACUACUCCCAAACGCUUUCCGUUCUCUACCUCUUUAGAGAGAGAGAGAGAGAGAGGGAGAGGGAAGGAGCAGAGUAGGGUAGUACACAAAAACAGAGUAGUGCAGGGGAAGGCCAAUAAAAAGCAGGGGAACCCUCUGCUCCUUCGUGAUCCUCCAAAGAUCUCAUUUUGAGGUGUCCAGUGGUCAACAAUGGCGUUUUCCCAUGUGGGUUUUCGAUCCCCUGCCCUUGGCUUGGUGUUGAGUGUCUCGGGAGAUCCCUCAAGCUUUUGGUAGAGGCACAGUUUUGUUUACUCUCCUUUCGAGUCCAAAGUGCCUAAAAAAGAGAGUGUAGAAAUGGAGGAAGGUUUUAAGAAGGGUUUAGAUGGGUGCCCUCAAUUGCUUCAUCUUAUUCAAAAUCAGGGGGAUUGGAUGGUUAGUAGAGGCAACAGUGGGGGGCAGAGUUGUGUUGGAGCUGUAGAGGAGAAGAAGCUGGAGCUGAGGCUUGGUUUACCAAGUGGAGAAGAGUGGUCGACAGUGAAGGAGAGAGAUAGAGAGCAAGCUCACUCAGUGGAGUCUCAUGGUGGCCACUUCUCCAAAGUUGCUAAGAGCAACAUCUCUAAUUUUUGUGUUGGAUCCAAUGGAGGGUUUCUGGGUUCAGUUGAACUCAACUCACAAGGCUUUUGGCAACAGCAAGGGCUUCUUCAGCUGCAGGCAAAAGCAGGGGUGGUGGAGGAGCCAAAAGAGAAGACAAAUGGGAGUGGGGAGAAGCAGCAGAGCCUUGAUAAAAAGGGGUGUGGUCCUCCAGAAGCACAUGCAGCUGCUUCUGGGAACUCAGCUGUAGCCAAUAAUAAUAGCUCUCAGACAAGAACUACCACCACUCCUGUCGUCGGAUGGCCUCCUAUCCGCUCUUUCAGAAAGAACAUUGCGUACACUUCUAAGCCGUUCCCUGAGCCACAAAAUGAGAGCUCGAAGAUUGUUACAAAGAUCGAGAGUAAGGAGAAGGGCUUAUUUGUAAAAAUCAACAUGGACGGCAUCCCCAUCGGCAGAAAAGUAGACUUGAAGGCCUAUGAUAGCUACGAGAAACUCUCUUUAGCGGUUGAUGAGCUCUUCCGUGGCCUUCUUGCAGCUCAAAAGGACCCUCUUGCUCCUGGAACUCAAAAGAGUGCCGAAGAAAAACAGGCGAUCACCGGUUUGCUAGAUGGAAGCGGUGAAUAUACUCUCGUGUAUGAGGAUGAUGAAGGUGAUAGGUUGUUGGUUGGGGAUGUUCCAUGGAACAUGUUCAUUUCAACCGCAAAAAGGUUGCGUGUGUUGAAAAGCUCUGACCUUUGCGCAUCUUCUCUAAGAACAGUGAGUAGGAAAAGAACAGCAACUGACUCUUGAGUCCCAAGUCAGAAAACAAUGGUGCCUUCAGCGAUGGUGUUGAACAUUUGCGACAGAUGCAUCAUUCACCUCUCUUUUUUGAUCUUUUCUGAAUUAGUGGGCUUGUGUGAUAUGCUCUUCUGGUGUUUCAGAAAAAUAAAAGUUUUCGAGAUAUAUGUGCGCACAAAUGGAUAUUAGAUUAUGUCUAAAUGCCCAAUCAACAAUAUAUAUGUUUGUAUCUGAUGGCCUAAAAUGUUAGAGCACCCUGUGAUUGCCGUGUAGCUAAUUCAGUUUGGGUUACCCGUUUCAAA